AUUUCAAAAUAAUUCAAACGUUUCGCGACUGUUCACCAGUACGGACGUCCCGCCAGCAGCUAGCGAUAUCCCAAACUUAACCCUCGAUCCUGGAGACAGUGGAAAGGUUCCCAAAUUUCCUGGUUCAACAUUCAGACGGUAUCGUGUCAUUUCCUGUGAGUGUGUUAAGGUGGAUACUAGGAAGGAAAUAAUUUUUCCGAUUGUUCGAUUAGUGCGAGCUUCUGUUGCGGAUACAUCCGGUUGAUUUUUUGUUCCUUUACUUGCGCGCGUGAUUUUUUUGUACGAAAAAAAAGUGCCGCACGAAACCGGACAGUGCCGGAUACAGUGAUCGUUUGUGUAGACGCACUAACUGACAAGAUGAUGGAAAAGGAACCAGAUUCGAUGGCGGUCACCAUGAAGCAGGAUUAUGCCGCUAGUGAAGUCUAUAGCACUACCAGCGAGGCACCACCUGCAUACAAAAUCCGGCCGGCCAACUCGGUUAAAAUCGCCAGGAUCGUGGCCCUGACGGUGAUCGCAUCCGCCUUCAUCCUGGGUUCGUUCAUGCUAGCUUCGACCUACCUGCAAGCGAAGCAGUCCUGCGAUCAGAUGCAAACCCUCGACGCUGUCCUGAACAAGGAACUGAUGCUGGAGGCGAUGCAACAGGAGCUCCCAAAAGCGCAAGCCUUGAUGCAAGAUCACCUGUCCGCUGACGAAUCCAACCUGCAGACUAUUGACCGGGAAGAGAAACCACAGAACAAGAAGCCGGAGUUGGAGAAGAAGGAAUCGGCCGAAAAUAACGAAUCCGAAGACGAUGAUGAAUCGGCAGCCGAUGGCGAAAGUGGCGAAAGCGCGGACCUGAACACCAAUCGGAUACACGUCAAGCUUCCGCUGGAUUUGAACUUGAGCGAGCUGGCCCAUGCGAUGCUCAAGGAAAACCAAAAAUCCAAAAUGAACUGCGUAGUGGAACGACGCCGGUCGGAAGAAAUGGUCGACUCUCCUUACAAGACCAUGCGGCUGCCAUUCGGAAUGGAGUACAACAUGGAACCUAAGAAGCAGAAGGUUACCGGUGAACGAAUUGCUAUCUUCUGCGAGACCGGAAACGAACCAAAGAACGAAGACGCUGAACCAGUCCGUCAGGUGCUGAUCCCGAUCCCACCAGUCCGUGCCUUCGGCCCGAUCACUCACCUGCCCCACCAGAUGCCCCCACAAACGAUGAUGCGUCAGAUGCCACGUCCAAUCUUCCCCAUCCCAAUCAUGAACCACCAAGGCGCCCAACAGAUGCCACCGAUGCCGGCACAGAUGAUACAAGCUCCCCAUCCAGAGUCCCCGAUGAUCCGCCCCAACUUUCUCGCUCAGCCCCAGCAGUUGAUUCAGCCCCAACAGCUCAUUCAGCCACCACAGCAACCACAACAGCAGCCGCAGCAGCAACAACAGCAGCCAACCUUCCCCCAGCAGAUGCAGCCACCACGUGCUGAAGUGCGAAUCCAGUUCCAGCGUAUCCCAAUUCCGGAAAUGAUUCGCCCCUUCCUACCGCCACAGUUUAUGCGCAAUGGACAGGAACAGCCAGAGGUGCAGGUCCGUGAGGUUCCACUGGAGAUGGCGCUGCAAAAAGUCGGACUGUCCGCCGAUGAACUGAAGGAUAUUCAUGAAAUCGCCGCCCAGAAGUUCACCGAGCAACUGAAACAGCUGAUCGGAGAAAUGGCCGAUUCUGAAGAAAGCGAAGAGGAAACAGAUUCGUAUCGCACCACCCCAGCCCAAGAACCAGCCUCUCAGCACUCUGAGGAACGGGAACUCCAGGAACAACAACCACCACGCCCUCAGGAGCCUGAGGCUCAGCCUCAGAACAACCCCGAACCCCAAAUCCUUCCAAUGGGACGUUCCCAGUAUGCCCGUUCUCUGGUAAACCCGAUCAAUCUUCCCGGUAAGGUUGUAGAAACGUCCGUUUCGGACGAGGAAGCGGAACGUCCACACUACGUCCAACCACGAUCGGUUUAGGAAUUGCAAAGUCAGUAAUACAAAAAAACGAAACGUGCUAGUGUUCUUCGAAAACAUUCCCGCACGUUUGCUCAUGUGAUUGUAAAAAAAAUAUGAAGAAAUGGUAGAUUCAAGAGCAGCAACAUUCAAUAAGAAAAAAAAGUUUAAAGAGUAUUAUUCACCGGCACUAAUUUGAGUAAAGGAGGAUGCUAAAACUAGAAUCUCAUUCAGGAUGCUUUUCUCUAGAAAAUGUGUAAAUAAGGCAAUAAAGUCAGAGAAAAUAUCGCCGAAAUCCCUCCAUCUAACAAACGAAAAUGUCAGAACCUAGUUGUCAGCAACUAAAAAUUCAAACCGGAGGUCUUUUGAUAUAGUAUACAUUGAAAGGUUUCCUAAGUAGCGAUAGUGAAGUAGUGAUGAAACAAAAGAAUAUAUUGUUUAAAAAGUUUUUAAAGUAAACUUGAAAAUAACGUACAAUCGGAUUAGUACCAAUCCACCCAAAUUUUAUGAUUUUGAACAAAUUUAAUAAAGAUGUUCUAUAUAAAA